AGGACAGGGCCAGUCCCACAGCAUCUGCCAGCUCCAGCUCAUCAGGGUCCAAAGGUGAUGGUGGCUGUGUUUAUGACGCUCUGCUGGUGGAAGCUCUUGCCUCCUUUGAAAGAUGAGCAGUUGGGGGUAGAAAAAAGUCUCCAGAAAAAGACUCCCAUCAAGAUCCUCCACAGAAGCCAACCACAGACUGUUUCACCGUAUGCUGCUCAUGCAUCAGUUCCUGCAUCAGCACCUCAGCCAUGCCUUGGUACUGCGACAUCAGCAGCAGACACAGCACAUCCUGAGGUGACGCUUGAGGGUUGGCACAACAUGUGGGAGUCUGGUCCUAAUGGGCUCACCAGAGCAGACAUAACGUGGCUAAAGGAGGAUGCUGAAAGGGGACUUUUUCCAAGGGCAAUGUCUUAUAAAGACAAGCACGGCAGCACAAGGUGGAGGAAAGUCCUGAAGGACAACAGAAAGUGGUUUCACCCUCCUGAAUUUCCUGGAGUGAUGGAAGGAAAAGUCCCCUCAGAAGACUCCUUUUUUCAAAGCUCUGUUUUUUCUGGAGUCAUAGUUAGGCGUUACAGUCUUCGGUGUCCAAGGUCUUACUGCCCGGCAUGUUCCAGUCAGAAGGCCUUUCUCUACCGUUGUGGGUAUUCGAAAACUGUCAGGCAGAUCUGCCACAUGUCUGGCUGGUACUCCAUGCUGACAGAAGUCCUUGCAUGCAACGCUUGCAGAAAGGUUGCAAAGGAGUCCUUAAGCAGCUCAGUCCAGCUCAUAGAGCUGUGUUCCCUGCUGUCUUGA